CGUAAGAGCGGAGAGGCGUUAGAGACGAAACGCAGUUUAUUUUACUAUUACAGAUCGUAUUUAUCUUGUUACGAAGACAGGUUGAGUUUUUUUUUUCGUGUUUAUUUUUUACUUCAAGUCGAGUUUCGUGGUUUUGAGGGGGGGAAAAUCGAAAUUUUAAUUUUAAAUUCUCUCCCGCGCUCAGUCCGUUUUAAGCGGCUUCGCGGGCUCCGAUCAGGAAACGCCGACAACCUCACAAUAAAAAAAAUCGUCACCCAUCAUCUCUUUUAACGUGGAAUGAGCUUCCAUUCACCCAUCCUGUCUGUUGCACAAUGGAUGUCCUUUCCGUCUGCCUAAUCGCCCAAACUAAAACACAUUGUAGCAGAACUAGUCUAUUCAGAGGAUAGCAAUAGCCCCCUCACUCCACCCUCUCCCUCAGCAUUACACAUCAGUUUAAACUGCAGCAGUGCAGAUUCUCUUGCUGGUGUCUGGAUUGCUUUAAAUUGCUGUUUUAGCCGAGGGUGAAGGUAGGUAGGUUUGGGGCAUAAAAAAAAAAAACAACAAACAACAAAAGAUUUAGAAACACUAGUACCUCAGUUAUUUAAGCAAUUCUAGUGUCCUGCUUGAAAUAAGGGCUUAACUAGAUUUGGAAGUAGUUCCUGUUAAGAUUGUGAAGUAUAAAUAAUUAUAAUUUAAAACUUGAAAGAAGGAAAAAAAAAUAUUGCACACAAUGGUGUCGACAACUUUGGCUACAGUAACACUGGUGAGCACCCUCGGCCUGGCCACCCAGAUGCCACUGACCGAUUACCUGUGGCUACUGGUAGUUGGUUUCAUUAUAGCCUUCAUCCUGGCCUUUUCCGUGGGUGCCAAUGAUGUCGCCAACUCCUUUGGCACUGCGGUGGGCUCUGGAGUGGUCACCCUGAAAGUAGCCUGCAUCCUUGCUACUGUGUUUGAGACGCUGGGUUCUGUGCUGCUUGGAGCCAAGGUCAGCGAGACGAUACGGAAAGGAAUCAUCGACGUGAACAUGUACAACGGCUCGGAGCACGUUCUGAUGGCUGGCUCAGUCAGUGCCAUGGUUGGCUCUGCUGUAUGGCAGUUACUGGCUUCUUUCCUGAAACUGCCCAUUUCUGGGACCCACUGCAUUGUGGGAGCCACCAUUGGCUAUUCAUUGGUAGCAAAAGGUCAACAAGGAGUCAGAUGGAUUGAGCUUCUGCGAAUUGUUAUCUCUUGGUUCCUUUCCCCUCUUCUCUCUGGCCUGAUGUCUGCCAUUCUCUUCUACUUUGUCCGCAUGUUUAUCUUGCAGAAGAAGGAUCCAGUGCCCAAUGGCUUGAAAGCCUUGCCUGUCUUCUAUGCCGUUACCAUGGGAAUCAACCUGUUCUCCAUCAUGUUUACUGGCGCGCCGAUGCUGGGAUUAGAUAAACUACCCUGGUGGGGAGUCCUGCUUAUCUCCAUCGGAUGUGCCAUCAUCACCGGCAUCAUCGUCUGGUUUGCUGUUUGCCCCUGCCUCAAGAAAAAGAUUGAACGUGAGAUCAAGUCUUCCAGCCCCUCAGAGAGCCCCCUGAUGGAAAAGAGGGAGGUGGUGGAAGCACAUUGUCCGAUUCUCAAAACGGUUCCUGAGGAACCCAUGUCCACACUGGCCUCAAAUAACCCCCAGCCAGUGCCACCUCCUGAGGAGCGCAGGGUCACCUUUGACAUCGGGGACUCAGACGAUGCUGAAACAAGAGAGACGGAGACGAGCAAUGGUAAUGCUCUGAAGGCUGCUCAUGUUCAGUUCAACACCGGCCCAACGCAUGUGCCCAGCAACGGCUACAGCCAGUACCAUACAGUCCAUAAAGAUUCUGGCCUUUACAAAGACCUGCUCCACAAACUGCACCUGGCCAAGGUGGGUGACUGCAUGGGUGAGGGUGGAGACCGACCCAUCCGCCGAAAUAACAGCUACACCUCCUAUACUAUGGCCAUCAUCGGCCUGCACGGCGAGAUCAAACCACGUGACUCCGACUUCCGGGCCUCUGAAGAUGGAGACAAGGACAAGGCAGGCAUUCAGGAGAGGAAGAGGAUCCGCAUGGACAGCUACACAAGCUACUGUAAUGCUGUGGCUGAGAAUGGCACCCCCGAUGGCCUUGGAGACGGAGAGGUAACUCUGCAGAUGGGCGAGGAGGACCGGGAGAGCAGCCGAAGCUCGUUAGAAGAGGAUAGAGCUGAGGCAGAUAAGCCAGAAGUUUCCGUUCUCUUCCAAUUCCUGCAGAUCCUUACUGCAUGCUUUGGCUCCUUUGCUCAUGGCGGAAACGACGUCAGUAACGCUAUUGGUCCACUGGUGGCACUGUGGCUGGUCUAUCAGAGCGGAUCUGUGGAGUCUAAUGCUCCAACUCCUAUCUGGCUGCUGCUGUAUGGUGGAGUGGGCAUCUGCAUUGGACUUUGGGUGUGGGGCCGUAGAGUCAUCCAGACCAUGGGCAAGGACCUGACCCCCAUCACCCCAUCCAGUGGGUUCAGCAUCGAGUUGGCCUCUGCAGUCACUGUGGUGGUUGCCUCCAACAUUGGUCUUCCUGUCUCCACUACCCACUGCAAGGUGGGUUCUGUGGUAGCUGUUGGUUGGAUGCGCUCCCGGAAGGCCGUUGACUGGCGUUUGUUCAGGAAUAUCUUCAUGGCCUGGUUUGUGACGGUGCCCAUCUCUGGCCUCAUCAGUGCCGCCAUCAUGGCUCUCUUCACUUACGUCAUCUUCGGAUGAAUUUUCUAAAGCUCAGAGCUUGCUUGCACCCUCUGCCAUCUGUAGCUAAGAAACGCAAGUGAGGUGAAUGUUAGGUGCUGUAUUGCCCUCUUUUGCUGCCUCGCUACGUUUGUGGGUUUUGUUUUUUUUUCCCCGUUUUCAAGCCCCUGUCUGUAAUGGGGACAGUUUAAAAAAAAACAAAAAAAAAAAACGAGUUUUUUAUAUAUUAUAUAUAAAGCUAGAGCCUGUGAUUCUUGGCUUGCUGCAUUUUGCAGACUGCAUUGAUCAUUCUUAUGUACAUUCUGCACCAGGUCACAUGCCUUUGGGAACAGGUUUCUUUUCAUUUUCUUUACUGACUAGAUGAAUUGUUGCCAUCUAAACAUACUCACCUCUUUGUAAAUAGAUACGCAAAAGGAAGAAAUUUUUUUAAAUUAUGUAAUUAUGUACAUAAAACU